AAAUUCUUAAUUUAUCCUCAAUUGAAGCACUUUCUUUUCUCAUCUGAAUAUUUCAUAAAACCUCCUCCAAACAAAAAGAAGAUGGCCGAGCCAAUUGCUACUGCUGCUGCUGAGAAAGUUGUUGAGAACUUAGUUGAUCGGAUUUUGAAUUUUAUUUUAAAUCCAAUCAGUGUUGUGCGCAAGUGCAACGAAAAUGUUCAGAAUCUGAAGAAACAAGUUGAGGCGCUAAAGAAUAAAAAUAGGAGUGUGGAGCGCUAUAGAUAUGAUGUUGGCAGAAGAGGGGAAGAAAUUGGUGCGGAGGUCCAGGCUUGGCUGACAGAAGCGGAAAAGUUCAUCGAACCUGCAGGGGAAUCUAUACGAGUUGGUGAUGAAUUUGCCAAGAAUGAGUGUUUCUUUCGGCUGUGUCCCAAUCCCCUGCCUCGUUACAAGCUCAGCAAGAAAGCAGCGCAGAUUACGGGGGAUAUUGCAAAACAUGUGCAGGAGGGUCAUAGAUUCGACCUUCCACCUUCCCACGCUCCUCCUCCACAACAGGAAGUGGCUGAAGUUGUCGAAGGUUUUGAGGAGUUUCCCUCUAGAAUGGCUGUUUUGGAGCAGAUCAUGAAGGCAGCAAGAAAUCCAAUCGUCAACACGAUCGGAGUGCAUGGGACUUCUGGCGUUGGGAAGACGAUGCUUGUAAAAAUGGUUAAAGGAAAAGCCAAGCAAGACAGCUUGUUUACUGCGGUAGUUAUGACUAAAGUGACAAAGAACCCGGACUUGAAAAGUAUUCAAAGUGACAUCGCACGCGACUUGGGUAUGGAUCUGCUUCCUACCGAACUUCCACCACCACAAGUUGCAGAUCGAAUAAAGGCAAAGCUCAAAGAAGCGAAGAAAUUUCUUGUAAUUUUGGAUGAUGUUUGGGAGGCUGGAAUAGAUUUGGAGAAAGUUGGAAUACCUUCUGCAAGUGAGCUGAAGCAGCCUAUGGAGAAAAAGAAUGAAGAAAGCUCAUCUGGACAACAAGAUGUGCUCCGCAAGGUUCUACUAACCUCAAGAGAUCCGAAUGUUCUCUCUGGUAUGAUGGAAGAAAAAGAUCCGGUCUUUAAGGUACAUGAAUUAGAAGAUGAAGAAGCAAGGCAUCUAUUCAAGAAGAUUGUUGGCAGCAAAGUUGAAAGCUCUAAUUUUCAACCGACAUCCAAGGAGAUUGUUGAGAAAUGUCUCGGGUUGCCCGUUGCCAUCGUAACUGUUGGAAAGGCCAUGAGAGGGAAGACUCAACAAUUUGAGUGGGAAGAUGCUCUUAUGGAAUUGAAAACGCCUACUCCAGAAGGGAUAUCUGCAGCUGUUUAUAAGCCUAUAGAGUUGUCCUACAAGUACUUACAAGAAGAUGAACUCAAGCAAACGUUCAUGCUUUGUAGCUUGCUGGGCCAUGACUCUUCCAUCAAUGACUUGUUAAAAUAUGGUAUGGGCUUGACUUUAUUUCCAAAGGCGAAAACAGUGGAGGAGACACGAACCAAAGUACUGACAUUGGUUCACCGUCUCAAACUGUCUUCUUUGUUGGUUGAUGGUCACAGUAAUAUGCAUUUUGGUAUGCACGAUCAGAUUCGGGAGGUUGCCCUGUCAAUUGCUUCUAGGGACCACAAUGUAUUGGCUUUAGUAGGUGAAGAUGGAGGAAAAGACUGGCCAGAAAAGGAGACAAUGGAAAAUUUGAAGUGGAUUUAUUUGUCAAAUGGCUAUCCUGAGCUCACAAGCAAUGAGUUGAACUGUCCGCGGCUCACUUUCUUUCAUUUGUCUAACAAGGGUUGUUCUCUGGCAGUUCCAACUGAUUUGUUCACUGGAACAGAUGUGCUCAAAGUCUUAUAGUACAAAGGGUACUCCAACCCAUAUACAAAGGAAGAAGGCAUGAUCAGACCACAUGCCCAACAGUCAAUACCAUUAUAAAGAAAUUGCAAAACUAACAAACAAAAACUUUCUAC